GACGGUGUCAGUUGUCCACAGGACCCCGCCACGCGUAUCCGUCUGUGUGAUGACCGCGAGUGAGUGAUUUACAAUCGAGUUGCGAGUGAGUUGGCAGUGAGAAAGUUGGUCACGUGAUUUUUUCGGGAUAUACCAAAAAGGGAAAUAAUGUCAUAGUGUAUCAAGUGUUCAAAAUACAGUCAAAAAUGACUUCCCAGUGUAGACGUCCGUCCGUGAUGGCGGUUGCUGUGAUAAUGACGAUUGUGUUAAGUGUCGUGGCCGAGGUAACCUCGGUGGAGGGGAGGGAGGAGCCCCACAAGUUCACCAUAGACGAGCUGCUGUCUACUAGCUAUGAGAACAAAGAUUCGGGAGACCUUGGAUUGGAUCCUUGUAAAGCUGAUAACUUUCAAGGCGACAUCGCAAUCCCAACCUCAGAUUACUUCAAGCCCACAACAAAACCCCCACCUCCCGCCUCAAAAAUUAACAAAUCAUUACAAGAAGAAGUUGAAAGACUGAAAAAAGAAGUCCUGCUUGAAGGCCUACAGGUAGAAGAAGAAGGACUCACGGAUAUUCUUAGGAAGAGAACGAAGCAGCCAGUGCCUUUAUCACAAGAGAAACCAAAGAAGUACAAUGAUGCAAUAAUAUCUACAAAGGUUCUGCCAGCGGGCUUGGAUAAGUCACUUCUGAUGAAAAACGGAAGAAUACCGCCGGGAGAGAUGAUAGAAAAUAUUACUUAUGUUCCUAGUCAAACUAAACUAGAUCAUACUAACCAAUCCUCAGUAGAUAACCUAACUGAGUAUGAUAGCUUAGAACAAGACGGCGUGUUAGUUGUCAAUGUAUCUACUGACAACAUUCUUAACCUUGAUGAAUUGUACUUAAAUAUUCAAGUAGCUAAUCUCACUAACAAAAUGGAAGAUGUCACUAACAAAAUACAAAGUAAUAGUAGAGAGAUCACUGGUGAUUCCAAAAAUAUUAGAAUAAAAGACAUUCCAGACAACAUAACAGUAGCCCCAGCACCAACUAAUGGUGUUCUGUCGACUAAUGAACAAGAAGAAGAAUUAAAUGCAAAUAAAUUCGUAAUAAACAAAACGAUUCCUGAUUUAAGUCUAAAUGUAGAAGCUAAUGAUUUGUUGAAGCCAACCGAGAGCCUACAAAGUUUAGUAGAAGAAACAAACAGUAGAAAACGUAGAAGAAGAAGAAGGCAUGGAAACGGUAGAAGGUUACGAAAUAUACAUUCCACUGAAAGACUGUCCCAAAACACACUAAGACAUUCCGAAGAGAGUACCAGCGAAUCCCAUUUUGAGAGAAAAAAGUUUUUUCGUCACCACAAGAAACAUUCCAGUAGAGACCAUAGCGAGGCACCAAAAAAAUAUGAGAUUCCAGUACAUGAGUUUGAAGAAAAAUUUGAAGUGAAACCACCUGCGAAAGAUAAUGAAAAUAGUACUCAAGAGAGAAACCCGUUUGCUGGUUGGUACUACCGUGAUACAUCUGAUGAUAUGGAUGCUAUGGAAAGUCAAUUGUAUGAGCAAGAGCAUAAUUAUACUGAGACAACUUCAAGGCACCGCACUGCCCGAGCCGCUACCAACCGCAAGGAGCGCAUCUGGGAGAACGGUGUAAUACCCUACGAGAUCGACGGCAACUUCAGCGGCGCACACAAGUCCCUCUUCAAGCAAGCCAUGAGGCACUGGGAGAACUUCACUUGCGUCAAGUUUGUGGAGAGAGACGCCGAUCUGCACAAAGACUACAUAGUGUUUACGGAGAGACCUUGUGGAUGCUGUUCCUUCGUUGGCAAACGUGGUGGGGGCGCCCAGGCCAUUUCAAUCGGCAAGAACUGCGACAAGUUCGGUAUAGUGGUCCACGAGUUGGGCCACGUCGUCGGCUUCUGGCACGAGCACACCCGGCCUGAUAGGGACAACCAUGUACAGAUCAUCAGGGACAAUAUUAUGACAGGCCAAGAAUACAACUUCAACAAACUGACAGCUGAAGAAGUAAACUCCCUCGGGCAGACCUACGACUACGAUUCUAUCAUGCACUACGCCAGGAACACCUUCAGCAAAGGGACGUACCUGGACACCAUCCUGCCCUUAGAAGUACAUGGCAAGAAGCGGCCUGAGAUUGGGCAGAGGGUCAGACUGAGUGUCAGCGAUAUAGCGCAGACGAACCUACUGUAUAAAUGUGCCAAAUGCGGUAAAACCCUGCUGGGUAACUCCGGCUGGUUCAACUCGCCCGGGUGGGGCUCCGAGGCAGUCCCGGCCACAGCCGAGCGCUGCGAGUGGCGGAUCGUCGCUACGCAUGGUGAACGAGUCGUGCUCAAUAUUACUGAAAUAGACAUCCACAAAUCUGAAGAAUGCCGAUCGGAAUGGGUAGAAGUCCGCGACGGUUACAUGCCAGACGCUCCCGUGCUCGGCAGGAUCUGCGGCUCAGGGAAGGGCCCUAUCAUGAGGUCCACUGGCUCCAGGCUAACGGUGGUCUACCAGCCUGGCCCAAGACUGAAGCCGCAUAAGGGAUUUAAGGCACAUUAUGAAGCUGUUUGUGGUGGUGACAUUGAGGUGGACAGCAGUGGUCACUUGGAGUCUCCGAACUACCCUGAUGACUACCAACCAAAUAAGCUUUGCGUGUGGAGCCUGUCAGUGCCACCGGAAUACCAAGUGGCGUUGCGGUUCCAUUCCUUCGAGGUGGAGAACCACGACACUUGCUCGUAUGAUAAGGUGCUCAUUCGAGAUGGUGACUCUAUGGACAGCCCCCUUCUUGGCAUGUUCUGUGGCCAUAAGAUACCUCCGGAUAUCAGAUCCACCUCCAACAAACUGCUCGUGAUCUUCGAAUCCGACAGCACUGUCCAAAAGGCCGGCUUCUCUGCCACCUUCAUGAAGGAGUUCGAUGAGUGUGCGUCCAUUGAGCACGGGUGCAGUCACUCCUGUGUCAAUACCUUAGGAGGAUAUGAGUGCGCUUGUGAUAUCGGAUAUGAACUGCAUUCAGACGGGAAGAAGUGCGAGAAUGCAUGCGGAGGUCUUCUCUAUGCUCCGAACGGGACCAUAACUUCCCCCUCUUUCCCGGACCUCUACCCUCCUUCCAAGAAUUGUCUAUGGGAGAUUGUGGCGCCCCCUCAGCAUAGGAUCACGCUUAACUUCACCCACUUUGACUUGGAAGGCAACAGCAUGUACCAACAGGAAUGUGAGUACGAUAGCGUGACGGUGAACUCCAAACUCGGCGCCGACGUGCUUCGCCGUCACGGUGCGUUCUGCGGCAACGCUCUGCCGCCGCCUGUGACGUCAGACGGUUCAGUCUUGCGGGUCCAGUUCACUUCAGACUCAUCAGUCCAUCGCUCAGGCUUUGCCGCAGUCUAUUACAUCGACGUGGAUGAAUGCGCCGAGAACAACGGUGGUUGUCAGCACGAAUGCCACAACACUCUAGGUGGAUAUGAAUGUGCUUGCCACAGUGGGUUCACUCUUCAUCCAAAUAAGCACGAUUGCAAAGAGGGUGGUUGUAAACAUGACGUUACGCAGCCCCAUGGAACUAUUAUCAGCCCAAACUAUCCAGACACGUACCCGUCUAGAAAAGACUGUGUAUGGCAGUUCUCCACAACUCCUGGGCAUCGCAUCAAGCUGAUUUUCAACGUAUUUGAACUGGAGCCUCAUCAGGAAUGCGCGUACGACCACGUCACGAUCUACGACGGAGCGUCUGCUGACGAGAAGACCCUGGGCCGCUUCUGUGGCAGCAAGAUCCCGCACCCAGUGGUGGCAUCGCAGAACCAGAUGUACGUGGUGUUCAAGUCUGACGCCUCUGUGCAAAGAAAGGGAUUCUUGGCUACACAUUCUACUGCAUGCGGCGGUUACUUAGCAGCAUCAGAAACAGUCAAGCACCUGUACUCCCACGCGCGCUAUGGCGACGACUCGUACGAAUCUCGCGCAGACUGCGACUGGAGUAUCGUAGCUCCUAUGGGCCAGUUCGUAAGGCUGACCUUCCUGACAUUCGAGCUGGAGCCAGAAGCUAACUGUGGCUAUGACUACGUCCAGGUCUUCGGGGGAUUGGAAGGGAGCGCUGGGGACUACGGCACGUUUUGUGGGACUAAGAUGCCUCCAGAAAUAGUGUCCACCACCGAAGCGUUGCUGGUCAGGUUCCGGACAGAUGACUCCAUCGUAUUCAAAGGAUUCUCCGCGUCGUACCAAGCCGUCGCACCAGAGGUAUGGAGCGGAGAAGACAGCUCGGAAGGCGGAGAAGAUGAGGAAGAAGAAGAUGAACGUAUGCCGCCACUCGUCGUGGGGCGACGGGGACUCCGAGGCCCCUCGCCAAGAUUCGUUAGACGGCCCACGUGACGGUGGCCAUUACCGCGGCAUCCGAGGCACAGGCGACCACACAGAAACACGCACAAUCGGUUUUUGCCGGCAAAAGGUCCAGGUCCAUUGUAAUUUUGUCGUUUCACUCCGAAAACGCGACGGGUGUAUGGCAAAACUUAGAAAGGUUAGCGCGUGUGCAAUGCAAACUCCAAAUUAAACUUUCGCGGGUAUAAAAGUUUUGGUUUGUCAAAUGUUGCCAGAUAAAUAAAAAAUAUACCAUACGUCAAUUUUAUUGGGACUAUAGGUCCGUAUCAGACUGAUAAUGUUUUAUGGAUUUUGCAUGUUUUGUUUAAUGAAGCACAUUAUUAGUAUCUUGCAGGCGUAGAUAAAGCUUGUUUUGUAUGACAUAAUCAACAAAACGCGUGAUGGAGCGUUCACCUAUUACAGGAUGCAUAAAUUAAACUAAUGUUGAGCGUGCAUUAAAAUCAAAGGUAUUGGCGGAGUCUUGAAUGUUUUUUCGCAUGCAAAGAACUUGUAACGGUAAUUAUUUGAGUCUUCAACAAAACACCUUUUUGUUUAAAUAACCACUGCCUUUAUAAAAUUCGCAAUCCGCCAAUAAUGCACCUCUAAAAGACACAAAACUGUUUAGUUAUUCGCACAUUUGGUAAAUAACUAAGCUCACUUGUGACGUUUUGACCUUGAUUACUUUGAUAUUUAAUAAAAACGGUCUACUAAUAAUAAUAUUAAACUGCAAAAGUUUAAAUGAAAUUAUUUUUACGACUGAUUGGAAACUGUACAUAAAUUAUUAAAUAGUUAAGUAUAUGUUCUUUACUUAAUUUUAACUAGUGGUUACCACAAAAAUACUCAUUAAGAAUAUUAUACCUAACUAUUAGAAAGACAAUUGAAUAGGUUUAUGUGCUGUAAUCUGUACGUAAUCGAUUUUUGUUAGUAGUCAUAAUAUUGCAUAAUUACCAAAGAAUAAAAAAUAGCUCUGACAUAUUAAAACUGUUACUUACUGUUUAUUACAUUACCUAGUGCCAUAGUUUAUGACGGUACUUAUUUAUACCGUUAAUAUUUUUUUUAAUACAAUAAAUUCAUAAGCAAAACCUAUCUAGAAGUUCAGACAAAAGGCCCGAGUUCAAUAAUUUAACAAAAUUUAGAACAGACUAUAAGCAACGGCAUUUUGACUUAUUUAACUUAAUAAUAAAUAAAUAAAUAAUUAUUCUUAAAUUAGUGAAGCACAAAUAAAUAGAAAUAAAUUAACUUGACAAUAUGUAAAAUAAGAUAUAAGGUGUAAACUAAUUUUGUUGUUAAUGCUAGGUGUUCAAAUCCAUAUCAAUUUAAUAGUUAAUCAACUCUCAUUAUAAAUGUAUACUAUAGCAAGUAAGGAAGUACAAUUCCGUUGACGAUUGCUUGCCAAAUUGUUCUAUUCUAUACCAAUAAAGUACAUAACCACCCAUAGCAGUGUUUCAUGGAUAAAAUGUUUUGUACGUCUUAAGUAAUGUGUUGUGUAACAGAUAGUUACAAGUCUCUUUUACAUUAGACAACUGUUGUAUUUUACUUUUCCUGACUUGAUAGUGCCAAAAAUUGUGUAAUUAUUCACGACAUGUAAAAAACAUUAAGAUAGUGUUUUAUAACUUAGAUUAUGAAAAUAUUUAUAAGUAGGAAGUUAUUUUUAUUAAAACGCCAUGAAAUUCUAAUAA